UUAAAUUCUAACUAAUUAGUAUACUGAAAUAUCAUAUUCAUAACAAAAAAGGUAAUUUCAACUUAGUUUUAAAACCAGGUGUAAUGUAAGCUUAAAGGUUACGCACAGACUAAUCUAUUUUCCAACAGGUCUUAGAUCUAGAAGUCAUUUAAGUCUAAGUUCUAAAUUCUAGACCUUCUUAGUUCUCUAUCAAUUCUAGAAAUCGACUGACUAUAUUGUAGAUCUACCAGACUUCUAAUACUAUACACUAGACUGUGACUAGACCAGAGUUUCUCAAACUUUUCUGACCCAGGGUCCCUUUUAUAUUAAUUAUAUAUAAGUCAAAACUUCCCACAGACCUCUAAGUGAAAAAGGUACAUUAAAUGCAUAUUAUAUAUAUAUGUAACAAAAAAAAACAACACAUUUUUUUGAAAGGAGUGUAUGUUGAGAUUAUAAAUAAGUAUUGUUUAAUAUUAGUUCACCAGACGUCCCGAUUUGGAGCGUCUGUCACGCUUUUCAUAUAAUGUCUGAGCCAAUGUCUCACUUUCAUCAAAAAGUCAAAUAAAUAUAAAAUAUAUGCUUUUAUUUAAAAAUCUUUAUUAAUCUUUUGAAUUAUAGCUUCAAACUUACCGCCUAAAUGCAUUUUCUUCUAAAACCUUAUUUCAUGUUCUCUGCUUUGCAGACUCCUGAUUAGAGGCAUGAGUAGUGCUUUUACCUUACAGCAUCCUGCAUUCUUCUCAGAAAAUGAUAUCAGCACUUUUAAUUUCAACUGUUGUGUUGUCAUUCCGCAGGUUUUUCACUGAUUCUAUUAAUCAGUUCAAGCAUACAGACUUUCUUGGUUUAGCUUUCCUUUUUGCUAAAGUUGGUGACAGGGUAACUGGAGACAAAUUGAACAUCGAAGUUCAUAGGGACUUACAAGCAGACUUCCCAUUUAUAUAGAGCAAGAAAAAUUAAUAACCACAGUAAAGUGUGAUGUGAGAAAUGUAGAUAAGUUUUCUGUCACACAUGCAAAUGUAUAUUGUAAUAAAUUUCAAUUGGAAGCUUCUAGUAAGCCCCCAUUAAGAUACUUCUACGAUGUGAGAAAUGUAGAUAACAGUUUUCUGUCACACAUGCAAAUGUAUAUUGUAAUAAAUUUCAUUUGGAAGCUUCUAGUAAGCCCCUAUUAAGAUACUUCUCCUAUAAUUAAAUAUCUUUGCAACAUUCAGUGAAACUUGCAAUUAUAUAAAGGUACUUUUGGCAAUCUGGAGGCAGUGUGGCUGUGCGGUAAAGCGCUUGGCUGCUGAACCGGUUAGAAUCCUGGUGAAGACUGGGAAUUUUAAUUUUGGGAUUUUUUGGCACCUCUGAGCUGAGUCCACCCAGCUCUAAUGGGUACCUGACAAUAGUUGGGAAAAAGUAAAGAUUUCCGUGUUAUGUGGGACAGCAUUUUAAUGAAGUGAUCCACAUCAGAAUCCUACUACCAGCUUUUUUCCGUAAUGAGUUGCAGGUUUAAGAAAAUUGAUAUAAAAAUGACAGACUGCAGUUUAUCACCGAAUAGUGAUAAUUCCUCUUUAGGGGAAGACAUGUUCCAUGACGAAGCUAGGGCUACCAAUUUGUUAACUGGCUUCUCACAGCUUUAUAAAAACAAACAAUUUGUGGAUGUAUCCUUAAGAGCAGAACAAAGUGAGUUCCCCUGUCACAAAAAUGUACUGGCAGCAUCUAGCCCUUAUUUCCUUGUCAUGUUUUCCACCAGUUUAGCAGAGGGACAACAGAAUUGUAUAACUCUUCAAGACAUGGAAGCUAGAACUCUUGAACUGGUUCUUGAAUACAUCUAUAAUGGUCAGGUUAGCUUGACAGAAGACACAGUCCAGAAUUUGUUGUCAGCAGCCAACCUUUUUCAACUGAUACCACUGCGUGACGGCUGCGCAGAGUUCAUGAUGAGUCAUGUGACUGUCUCUAAUUGUAUUGGUGUUUUCUUUUUCGCCAAGGCCCACCAGUGCAAUGUUCUGGCUCUCAAAGCAAAAGAAAUUAUCAACAAUAAGUUUCCAUUGCUGUGCAAACAACAGGAAUUUUUGUCUCUCCCUGUUGAUAAGUUAGUUGAGAUUGUCAGUGAUGAUGACCUGAAUGUCACAACAGAGGAGACCGUCUAUGAGGCUUGCAUGGCUUGGGUGGGUGAAGACCAAGAGACCAGAAAGUCACAUCUAGUCGAGGUGAUGAACUGUGUUCGUUUUGCCAACAUCAGCUCCUACUACUUCUGUGACAAGAUAGACACUUGCCCUCUGCUGCAGGAGAACAGUGAACUGCGAUGUCUGCUGGACACCAUCAGAUGUUACCACAUGUUGAAGAAUCGCCAACAAGAGAUGGAUGUAAAAUUAAUGCCACGUCGGGGGAUGGUCUAUGAACGUGGAGUGAUGAUUAUUGCUAACCCCUACACAGAGGAUGUCUUGAAGAAGUACAACAGUAUGGAGAUGCUGCUACCCAAGACAGGAGAAGUCAUCCACAUUUGUAAACUCCCUCAAAGUCUGUAUACACCAGGUGUAGCUUCCACAGGUGAUAACCAAAUUUAUCUGGCUGGGGGAGCCAUUAGGAAAAUCAACUACCGUGGCUCCAUCACAACCGAAGGUGUCUCAAACAAUGUUUAUGUAUUUGAUCAAAGUGAAGCAACAUGGCAACCUAAAGCUAAAAUGCAAAUGUCAAGGUCACAGUUUUCACUCAUCAUAGUAGAUGGACAUGUGUAUGCCGUAGGUGGCCAGGAUGGUAGUGAAAUUCUAAUGACUGUAGAGAAGUAUGAUGCUCCUACCAACACUUGGACCAUGGUUCAUUCCUUGCCACGACCAUUACGCUUUAUGACAGGAGUCAGCUACAAAGGCAAACUGUACAUUUUCGGAGGGGAGACAAAAACAGAAGUCAGUAACGGGGCUUUAAGAUAUGAUCCUCAAGAAGACACUUGGACAGAGUUACCUCCAAUGAAAACUCCUAGAGUUCUUGCAGGCAGUGUUGUGUUUAAAGAUAAAAUAUACAUUAUAGGUGGUAAUGCUGCUGUGAGUGAGAAAUGGAAGAAAGAAUAUCUGCCUGAACAUUGUGUAACAACAGUGGAAAUAUUUGAUCCAGCCACAGAGAACUGGACUGAUGGACCACCACUGGCCAAUGCUCUUUGUGGUGCUGGGGUUGUGAAAUAUGGAGACACAAUCUUAGUGGUUGGUGGGGAAGAUGACAAAAGCUGGAUGGCUGGAAUCUGCUGGUUGAAACAUGAUGGGGAGGAGCAGACCUGGGUUUGGUCAGAGGGCCAGGAACUGCCAACAGUUAUGUCCACUUUUGGUUGUGUUGUGGCUAACAUACCACAUGAGGUGCUUAAACAGCAGUGAUCUUCUCUCCCUUUGGUCUCUGCUUCUGCAAUGUGGUGCCCAUCUGAUUUGACCAGCCAUCAUCUAUGAUACUGGACAAAAAGCUGUGACAGUCUAAAACUACCAGCACUGGAAUUAUUUUAUUAUUUAUUUAUUUUUGUUUAAAAUUGUUUUAGAAUAUUUGUUAAAAAAAAAAAAAAAAACUUCAAUGACCAAUAAUGUGUUUUUUUUUUCAAAAUUUUGUACUAAUUCUUUAUAGGCUUGGCAUGCAAAAAUGUUAAUUUAUAAUGCUCCCUGUCCCAAUUAACACACACACAAAGAAAAAGCUUUUAAGCUUAUAUAAAUUUAAAUAUUCAGUGAUUGAAGUGACAAAUAGUUUUCAAAAAAAGAAGAGGAUCCCAUUUUUUUUUAAAAUCACUUUACAUUUGCCUCUUAUGUCAUUUAGCAGAACUUCAAAAAUCCCAAUUUUAAACCAUGAAAUGGGAAGGGUAAUUUCGGUAUCCAUUUAAAAAGUAAAUAUUAUAAGACACCUCAAUACUUUGCAUAUCUAUCUAGUUUUAUUUAGCACAAGCCAGUGGCGUAGCUAGGGUGGGGGAAGGGGGAUCCAAAUCUCUGCAUUGCCCCCCCAGGCCUCCCACUGAAAUGUAUAAAUAGAUUUAUAUGUAUGAUCUUUGUAAAUUUAGUUUCUCUUGUUAAAUGCUUUUUUUUAAAUUUUCUUUUGUUGUUGAUGACCUUGUUCUGUCAUGAAGAGACUUAGGUUCAUUUCAUAGAGAUGAGAUGAGCACCUACAUUGUAAAUAGAUAAAUGAGAUGGGGAAAUGCGGGUGGAAACUGUAUUAGUUUGUAUUUAACAGGCAGUGAUAAGAGGAGUGCUGAGGUAAGGGGGGGGGGGUUCUUCUAAGACAGAAGAAAUAACAAUGUGGAAAUUAUGGGCAUUUAUAAAAGCUAAGUCUAUUUUUUAUGAUGUGUAAAAUAAAAACCUGUAAAAAGAUUUAUGAGAUAACAUGAACUUUUGCCUUUUUUUUUCUAUAAGUUUUCAUUCCAUGUGUGUUAAUCAAUGAACAUAUCAAAUCUUUUUUACUAAUGGCCUCAUCUGGUCAAUCACUGCACUGCCAAUCACUACAUUGCCAAUCUCUGCAGUGUCAAUCACUGCACUGUCAAUCUCUGCACUGCCAAUCACUGCACUGCCAUUCCAUGCAUUGCCAAUCACUGUGCUGCCAAUCUCUGCAUUGCCAAUUACUGUGCUGUCAAUCACUGCGCUGUCAAUCACUGCAUUGCCAAUCUCUGUGCUGCCAAUCACUGCACUAUCAAUCACUGCACUGUUAAUCUCUGCAUUGCCAAUCUCUGUGCUGCCAAUCACUGCACUAUCAAUCACUGCACUGUUAAUCUCUGCAUUGCCAUUCCCUGCAUUGCCAAUCACUGCACUAUCAAUCACUGCACUAUCAAUCACUGCACUAUCAAUCACUGCACUGUUAAUCUCUGCACUGCCAAUCUCUGCAUUGCCUAUCACUGCGCUGCCAAUCACUGUGCUGUCAACCACUGCACUGCCAAUCACUGCACUGUCAAUCGAUUUAAUUGAUAGACAUUUUAUGUUCAAUGUGAUGAUGAGUUGUGAAACUAUGCAGUUAGUUCAGGAGUGGCACCCAACACUGCUUCUCAGGGCUGGAUAUAGCUUUCAGGCCAUGGUUAGGGCAUCAUUGGGUUAGCCUUUUUGUGAAACUUAUUUCAGUUAUUCUUUAAAUGACUGUAUCUCGCUCUAGGGACUUCAGUUUUUUGCUGUAGCACCAAAACUUGAAGCUCCACUUGUGUUGGGUACUGCUCUAGAAGCUAAGACCUAUGUUUGCUGUAGCACCAAAACUUGAA